AUGUCAACUGCUCGAUUUGAUUCCUCUGAUCGGUCCGCCUGGUAUUUUGGACCCGUGUCACGACAGGAGGCACAGAAUAGGUUACAAGGACAGAGACAUGGCAUGUUUCUUGUUCGAGACUCGUCGACCUGCCCCGGCGACUACGUACUGUCGGUGUCGGAAAACUCCAAAGUGUCUCACUAUAUCAUCAACUCUUUGCCCAGCAAGAGGUUCAAAAUAGGGGAUCAAGAGUUCGACCACCUCGCAGCUCUCCUGGAGUUCUACAAAAUCCAUUACUUGGACACGACCACGCUGAUAGAGCCAGCCCCCAGGUAUUCAAGUACGCCGAGUCCUCCUGUCCAGCCCAUGGUUGGAGCAGAGGAGAAUCUGGAGUAUGUGCGGACUCUGUACGACUUCACCGGGAGCGAUGCUGAGGACCUUCCCUUCAAGAAGGGGGAGAUCCUUAUCAUCCUGGAAAGACCGGAGGAGCAGUGGUGGAGCGCCAAGAAUAAAGAUGGACGUGUUGGGAUGAUCCCUGUGCCCUACGUAGAGAAAGUGGUACGACCUUCACCCCACCCUGUCCAACCUUCUCAUGGAUCGCGAAACUCCAACAGCUAUGGGAUCCCUGAGCCCUCCAAUGCUCUUGCUCAUGCCUAUGCCCAACCCCAGACGCCUUCUCCAAUGCCCAACGCACCUGGAGCAGUUAUCGCUCCGCUACCGUCCAUGCAGAAUGGCCCUGUCAUGGCGAAAGCCAUCCAGAAACGAGUGCCCUGUGCCUACGACAAGACUGCUCUUGCUCUAGAGGUUGGUGACAUUGUCAAGGUUACGCGGAUGAACAUCAGCGGUCAGUGGGAGGGAGAGGUGAACGGACGGAGGGGUCUCUUCCCGUUCACCCAUGUCAAAAUCAUAGACCCCCAGAAUCCAGAGGAGAGUGACUGACCUAGGCGUUCAGCUGAAGCCUCUCUCCCGUAUCGCCGAGUACCCGAAUCUGCUGGCUGUCUCCAUCUUUUCCUGCCAGUGUCACAGUUAUGUGCUUGCCUGCUUGGGGCUGUACCAUGAUAGCAACCCCCCUCCCCCUUUCCUGUUGUUGUUGCCAGCCAUUGCAAGGCUUUCUGACUGUUUACAGCUUUGGACAUUAGAUCCAAACUAAAACCUGACCCCACUUUCCCAGGUCCCUUUUCCCUUAUCUUUGUUCCAGGCUGGGUGGCAUUUUUGCAUUAGUGUUCUUUUCAUUUCCAGAUCACUGGGCAUCAGACUGUGUGUGUGGGUAUGUAUGUUUUUGUGUAUGUGUGUGUCCACAAUGGAUAGUUAGCAUAUAACAUCACGUCUUUAAAAAAAAAAAAAAAAAGGAAAAAAAAGUUUUCUCUUAAUAUUUGUUAUGUUUGACGUCUUUGGGACUUUCGGAAGUGUUGAUGUAUGCUUGUUUUGUUGAUGUGAGAAUAUUUGUAUGAAAUAGGGAAAGAAAGAAUUAUCCCUAUGGACUAGGGAGAGCACUGAGGCAAUGAGGAGCUAACCAGCCAGUCAUGUUAUUUCUCCAAACAAUCAAGUCACUGUUGUACCUUAACCAUUGCACAAGCACACACUUGUACACAUUGGCCAUGAGUUAUUCAGGUAGACAGAUUUUUGUGUGUGUGUGUGUGUGUGUGUUACAGAUUAGGAGGAAGUAGAAAGAGAUGGGGUGUGUGGAGGAUUUGAGUUGGAACAUGGCACGGUAGAUCUCAUUAUCCCAUCCAUUCUACAUCCUGACUGGCUGAUAGCUUAUUUAUCUUAUGUUACUAAGACAUGACACGGCCAUGUGACUUCAUCAUAAUUGUUGCUAUUUUCUAAAUCAUUGUCCAAUGAUUAAUUUUAUUUUUUUGUUUGGAUUUGUUGACAUGGAUAGUGGGGUAACCUUGCAUCUCCACGUUGGUGCCUCUUUACUUGCUUGGAGAUCAUUGAAGACUAAGACACAUUUUAGAUUAUAUGCAUUAGGAGUGCCAAGCUUUGAGCAGGGUUUCUAAAGCCAAAUAGCAACAGCCCUGGCGAGCACUUUCCACAAGCAUCUGACUACAAGGCUAAACAUACUAAAAACAUAGUGUCCACACAGUGUGGGCAUGAGGACUUGAAGCCUUUCCACUGAGAUGAAGAACUCAGUGGCGUAGGUCGGGGAAGGAGGAAUGUCUGAGCAAGCCAAUGAGAUCCCAUCAAUGCCUUUUCAAAGUAAGACAAGUCUUACUUCUAGCGCAUGCAAUCCCAUCUCUGGCCCUUUAGUUUUUAUUGUGAUGAUACUCCUCUCAAUGUAGGAUUUUUAUUAACUUUUUUCAACCAGCUUUAUUCCUUGAGUAUUUUCGGUCUGCACACCAAUUAUUCUUCUCCUUCAUGCUGAGUAGUAGAAAGAAUCUCAUCACACCGUGCCACAGCCGAUUCUGUCGAGCCGAGGAUUAAACAGAUGUGCAAACGGUGCAGAACCCCAGGUCUGUGCUGUAAAAACUGAUCAAUCCCACCCCUGCCCAUCCUACCCCCCUCUCUGUCACUUCUUUUAGCGCUUUCUGUUAACAAAAGGAAAAGGAGAAAAUCAUUGCUCAGCAAACGACUUAGAAAUCUUUUAGUUGUAUCCCUGUUUUCCUUUUCGGUGAGUUCGUAGUAAGCUAUGAAAUCAAGUAUUUUUGUUAAUGAGUGAUGUUAUUAAAAGUAACCAUGGGUGACAUUUUAAAAAGGGAAAACGAAUAAAUGCCUGCUGGUUGCCUCUGUGCAUGACCUCUUAGCCAGGGAGAUCAUAUUUUUUUUUGUUUUUUUUCCCCCCUCGCCAAAUGCUGCUUGAUGUCAUUAAAUUCCUCAUUAAAUAAAAGUUUCUCGUUUAAUCCCACCUGCUGUGUACAGACGCACCGUGUUGGGGUUUUCCUUGUCAAGCUUAAUGAAAUCUUACUAAUUAAGCAAUACACUCUGAUAAUUUCCCUUUGAGAUGAACUUUGCUUUUUCCUCAUGCUUCUGAGUUAUUUUGUAAUGGCAUUAACAGUAUUACUGUGCUCUCUUCACAUAUUUUAGGAAAGCUUGUCUUUUACUUAAAAAAAAUUGAAAGAUUGUGCCUUUUAUUUUCUUAUUCCAUUUACAUGUGUUAAUAUUUCCCAUGGUUAACACCUGUGCUGGUAAAGACCCUUUAUGUACAUAACAAGUAAAUAAAAAUGUUUACUUCUUUAA